UACGCUUUGUCCGUUGUGACUUAGACCUAUGGUGUAAAUUGUGGUAUUAAUUCGCUCUUAAUUAUUUGUGACGUAAUGUAUUUUUCUACUAUUUACCUUUGCUUUAUUGUGUUUUGUGCUAACAUAAGAUGGACAUCCUGCGACUACCUGGUCCACGGCGCUAACACAUCAAUAGCAGAUCAAUUGGAGAGGAAAGUCAGGAUACUAUGUGCGGUCAUAAAGACGGAUUUGGAAGCUAAAAGAUUAGCUGCCAUAGACGAUACGUGGGGAAAAAGAUUUUGUGUAUUAAUUGGUCGUGGUAUUAAUUUCUGCGGAAACAAACGUCAUGAUGUAUGGCAAAUGGAAGAAGACCAGAAACACAGCUUAAGCAUAUACGAACACCAUUCUCCUAAUUAUGAUUGGUAUCUGUUGAUUAAUUCUGAAGGCUACAUAAUAGUGGAGAAUAUGAGAUACAUGUUGGCGAAAUUCAAUCCUGACGAUAAUAUAUAUUUUAUGUCUAAUGUCAGUCAGCGUCAAGGAUUGAACAUAAUUUUAAGCCGAAAAGCACUAGACACUUUCGCGCACGCUGAUAUCCGUUCAUUGUGCCAAGUGGGCGAAAACACUCUAAUGGCUAGAGCAAAAUGCUUCUCUGCCAUUGGGCUGAUCACUGGCGACUCCCGAGACUCCUGGGGCCGGCAUACGAUCCUGCCGCGCAAUCCCUACAUCCUCUCAUAUCCUGAGAAACACAAGAAAUUCUGGCUGUGCGACCGGUCCUUUGUAAAGUUAGAUGCUGGUCAAACCGUUCUUUUUGACGCCGAGCCGAAUACCUGUUUUUCAAAUUUUGCUGUUUCCUUCGACUACGCUAGUUCGCAUAUUGUUUACGUACUCGAUUUUCUCAUAUACCAGCUGAGACCUUACGGAAUCAACUAUAAUUUUGAACUGCCAAAUAUACUUAAAGUAGGCACAGAGUGCCCAAAAAGGUUAAUUAAAGGACAUGCUUGCGAAGAUCACGGUGGUGGCAAUAAAUUUGAAGAAGAUAAGAAAUCCGCACAGAUAAUGAUUCCAAAGGUGAAACAACAGAAACAAAAUAAGAAACAGCCGCAACAGCAGGAAACUCACACGUAUCAGAAGGUAACCCAACCAAAUGAAAAUGACGACGACCCAGAUGAAAGAGACUCUGAAGAAGAGGACAGAGAUGAUAAUGAACUCACUAUUUCCGUUUAAUUAUUGAAUAUUCGUCAAAUCAUUGGGUUUACAAUACUUGUCUUGGUAUUCUUUAAUACACAGAUCAAAAUAAAGAGAAAGACGUCACCUGUUUGAGUUUUGUUUAAUUAAAUACUAUAAAAUCUUACAUAAAAAUGUAAUAUACUUCACAUUUCAUACAUAUAUACAUACUUCUAAGGCUCAGUUGCCCCGUCGUCAAAUUUGACGAUGAUUAACUGACAGUAUGGCGUAGUUUGCGUUUAAAAUCAACGUCGAAUUUGGCGUUGCAACUCACCUUAAUUAGAAAACUUAUACUCCUUUUCAAAUUUUUAAGUAAAUAAGUAUAUAUUGGGUCAAA